AAAAGAUCAGAAUUCGAAAGGAAAACCUUAAUGGACGGAGGUCAGCACUUUCAUUUAUUCCAUUCUGAAGCAGCAACCAUCAGCGCGCCACAAAAAAGCAGAAACUUUAAAUCUGUCAGCGCUGAAAACGAGAUCAGCUUUUGAGAUAAUUAAAUGGAAAUCGUUGAGAAAUUCUGAAGCUCAAAGCAAACUUGUGGGAGGGGAAGUGUGCAACGUCGAAAGACUGUGAGAAACAUAGAGUUGUCAAUCCAAAAAAAUAUAUUUUUCUUCUACAAGUACCGUGUACGGGGAAAAAAAACUACUGAAAGUAAUUGAUAGCUGUUCCACGCCUUUGCUAUUUUGAAACUGAGGAAUCCCACGUAAUUCACCAUGUGAUUGAAAAAGGAUUGUCAACUUAGGCCACUGAAACACAAUUUUCCGUGAUCUCGGUCAGUUGCUUCGAGUCUAACAAUUAGUCUAGCCAAGCCAGCCAAUUUUGAAAAUCAUUUUGUCAAAAACCCUGAUUACCUGUUCUGUAUCUAGGCUGGUGUCAUAAUUCUUACUAUCUAUACAUCAACGGAUCUCUUUCUUUGACGCCGUGUAUUCGUAAAAAUUAGAUUUACAGGUAUCAGUCAACAGGCAGGUGUGGGCAAUACGUUUAGCUGUAAUCCCUUUCAUGAGAUAUGAACAUGUUUCGGAAAUGAAAAAUGGAAAUUUGAAAAAGAAUAUCCAGUACAAGAGAUGGAAGUUUAUUUCGGAAAUUGCGACUCAAAAGUUCCGGCUGCGGAUUGGAUGAUUUGACGUGUGUGCAGGCACGUGAAGUCCGACAAGUAUUAUUUUUAGCACGAUAUAAAACUCCAGGUACUGCCAGCAAUAUUUUAUAACCUGAGUGUUUAUUAGCCCAUUUUGAUGGAGCAAAAGUGAGAACAUCCAAAGCCUUGGCACUGGAAGAAAAGAAUAUAUGAGUCAAAGCUUCUUUUCAAACGGUGAAAAUCUCAAUAUUAUGAAGUUACUCGUUGGUGGACAGCAUGCUACAAGGGACGUUCGUGACUGAAUUUCAUUAGCGAGUGCUCUGCUUGAAGAACGAAUUUGGAAAUCCUUCCUUCAUGGUGGAAAAAUUCAGUUCGUUUUGAGAAUAGAUCUUCGCUGUGAUCGGCUAUAGAACGCUGCCAGCUCUCCUAAUGAGCGGAAUAAUAUAGCAAACGGAAGAUAAUCGAACAAAAUCGCUCGGACAGCCAUCUGUUCUAAAGCGGUGAAAAGGCUCUUGCAAGCUAAGUCACGUUAGCGAUCUCACUAUUUGAAGCCCUAACGUACGAAUAUCAACGGUAAUCGACACCAGCUGAUUUGACACCAAGUUUUAUCAGCCUUAGGACACUGGACGAAUGGUUGUAUCACGAGACGAUCCAAAGAUAAGAUCAUGGUCAGGAGAAUGAGGCUCCAUGUGGCGCUAAGGCAAAUUCUCGCCCUAUUCCUCAUUGUUGUACGUUCAGGAAAUUCAAAAUGUCCAGAUGCAUGCAACAAACCCCUGGGAAUCUCUGACUACAGAAUCCGUGACGACCAAAUGUCUGCUUCCAGCGCAUACGAUGAACGCUUCGCCACAUUCGGAGCACACCGAGCUAGACUAAACCUAACAAGCUGGCCAGCUGGGUACAGAGCUAACAAAGAAACGAUUGGUUACUUUCCUUGGCUAAAGAUAAAUCUAAACCAGGAUAUGGUGAUAACAGGCAUUGCUACUCAAGGGUUCGGUAAUGCCUCUUUGAACGAGUGGGUGACAAGUUACAUGGUGUUUUAUGAUAAGAGAAAUGCAGAUGAAGCGGUUUAUUGUACAACGGAAGAUGGUGAAACCUUAAAGACCUUCAACGGAAAUAUCGACUCGAACUCUAUACAAUACGAAAAUCUGGCUUUUCCUGUGGUGACGCGAAGCGUGACAAUCAAUCCAACGCUAUGGAAUAAUAACAUUGGUUUUCGGAUGGAGCUCUAUGGCUGUGAGCCAGAAUUCUAUUUUGUGGCGGUGAUCACUGUAUCAAACUCGCGUUUUACACUGCAUUACGCCAACCCGAAGAGUGACGCUUACUUGACUUUAAAACAAGAUAUAAUAACAGAGGUGACGGAAUUCCUCGAAAGAGUUCCUGGAUUUCUCUUUGCCGACAUACGACAACUGAGUCCGCAGUCUUACAUGAGAAGACCUAUCAUGGCUGCUGAGAUCGAAAUUUAUUGCGCUCAGUCAAGGAGGGAUGCUGUGCUCCAAGAGCUGGAAAACAGCAUAAAGAAUGGAGAUUCUUCGAUACUCAGCGAUUAUCUUCACACAGAGAACCGUUUUGAUUGUGAGUGCGACGUUCCUAAAAUCACUGUAAAUCUGCAAAAAUCUUUGGAGAAUGCUACAGUUAUUUACACCAACGAUCCAUUUCCUCUUGGAGCAACCUUUCAAGACGACUGCCAUUCGUCGAAUGGCUAUGCACUUUAUUGGGAGGUGUGUGAAUGCGAAGAGCAAACUGGAUUGUGUAAUCAAAUUAUUCCAUACGGGAAGAGACCUGGGAUGACGAAGACACUUUACCCGAGGUUGUUCGGUGCUGGUUACCUGUAUAUCCGGUGCCUCGUCACAGACCCUAACGACCCUAACAACCCUAACGACCCUAAAGACCCUAAAGUACCCAUAGUCUACGACUAUGGGUACGUCAAGAUCAUUUUGCCUCCGAUCGUUGCGAAACUCGAAGGACCCCCUAAUGUCAUCAGAGGUAAUGAAAGUGUUGUCGUACUUAGUGCUUCUGAGAGUUUUGAUCCCGAAAAAAUUCACAAAAAGACAGAAGGCUUUGCAUUGACUUGGUACUGUGGAGGAGGUAUCAUAUCACAUGAUAACCGGGAUGGGUUUUCCACAGUCUCCCCAAGCGACGCCGGUCGUUGUCAAGGUGAUGGCAUAUUGAAAAUAAACAGCACAUUGCCCGUGCUUCAACUUAACGUGAGCAAUUUAAGAGGAAACCAUACCUACUUCUUUGAAGUUGUGGUUCAGAAGGGAGAUAGGUCAGCAAAGGCUACACACAGGCUAAGAGUAGACGAGCCGUUUGUAAUUUCCAUCAGAUGCACCACAAACUGCGGGGCCAAGGUGAGCGUCAAUCAGCGGUUAACUUUAAAGUCUUCGUGUUCAGGGCCACUCUGCGACAGAAUCAUCAAAUACGACUGGCUAUUGCUCAGACGUGAAUUGUCUAGCAAGAAGGACUGGAUAAUCGUGCCAAACCUUGAAGACAGAAUACUUACAGACAUCAACAGUCCCAAUCUGGUUAUUCCGGGCGAUAAGCAAAUUUUAGAAGAAAAUACCAAGUAUAGGAUAAGGGUUGUUGUGACACUUGCAACUGGGUUCACGUUCGCAGAGGAAAUGAUGCUCAUUACAAACUCUCCUCCGCGUAUUUUAGAUGGCCGUGGUGGAUGCUCUGUGACUCCAAGGGAAGGCCUCGUGCUGACGACAGAGUUUAAAAUCAACUGCUCGGGCUGGUCAGACGAGGAGCUGCCUUUAAACUAUGAAUUCAGAUACCAAACCAGUUCUGGGGUAUUAGUAAUUAACAGUGGACCUGCGUGCCAUGCCGUCGCCCGAUUGCCUCUUGGGAAUGUAACUGUAGAAGUACUCGUAUCAGACUCCCUGGGUGCCUCCACUGCUCAACGACUUCAAGUUCAGGUCAACCCGAUACCUACAGACGACUUUUCUAAAGUUCUGAAAUCCUCCGCAACCGGUGGAGACAGCCAGCUUAAAGGUCUUGUAAAUGAUGGGAAUGUCGAUGAGGCUGCGCAGAUGGCCUACUCUAUUCUUACAGCUGUGGAGGAUGCCGAUGUAGGCAACGAUGACAAGCAAGCAGUAAAGGAAACCAUACUGGAACAGAUAUCCACUGUGGAAGUGAACAGUAUGCAGCAAGUCACUCAACUAUCAGCAGUUGUUGUCAUGGCAACCGAAGGAGAAAAGGAUAUAGCCGUUACAGCUCAGGAAAAUGCAGUCGGCCUGUUAGAAAAUAUGACGGAUUUCAUAACUUCCCAAGCCAGCGCUGAGGGACAAGAUGUUGACUUGGUUCAAAACAUUGGAGGUAAUCUCUUACAGGGAAUGUCCAAUUCCCUUAGUACCUCUGCCAAGAAGGCGGUUGUAUACGAGGAACCAAAGGUUGGGCAGGAUACUAUAGAAGAUGAGGAUGAUGUUGUCACCGAGAGGAAACAGAGCAAAGAUAUCGCCAAGAAAACUCUUCAUCUCAUCGAUAAACUAGGGGGUGGUCUCCUAGCAACUAAAGUACCUGGUGAGAAACCAAGCGUGUUCCACACUGACAAGUUGAUGAUGAUAUUGGAUCGACAAACGCUCGCCAAAAUGGCGGAAAAGACGUUAGGAGAGGGGGAAGAGAAAGUCUCCUUACCAUCGGCUAAGACCCUGUUUGGUCCAGAUGCCGCAAACUUGAAAUCUGUCGAUGCACAGAUGACUUCUUUCAGCGAAAACCCGUUCACGUGGGAUAACAGUGCGAAAGGUAUCCGGUCAUCUGUGGUGGACUUUAGUUUAAAGAAGGGCGACGGAACUUCUCUUCAAAUUACUGGCCUCAAAGAUCCAGUUGAGCUGUUUAUACCUGUUACCCGAAAGGUCCAAACCACAGGAAACAAAUCUAAUGACAAAUAUUUCGCAAAACCCAGUGAUGGUUCUGGGAACUUGCAAUAUCAUCGGAUCGAUAUUCCAUCAGUCAAUUCUAUUGUCUUCUUUGAUAUUCACCCUGAGCGCGGGGAGGUAUUAGAUAUUUUUGUUACCGCAGGAAAGAAACCGACGCCGACUAAUUACCAGUUCAAAACUCGCGUUCCAGAUUUUUCAUCUUGCACAGCGUCUUCCAAAAUCUUUGGAUACCGCAACUGCAGUAAAAAUCCCUACGAGAUCUCACUAGCUAGCAACGUCACUGGAAAAACAGGAACUCACUACAUUGGCAUCAUGUUUGCCGCAAAUAAAACCGAAAAAAUUCAGAGCCGUGAAUCACGGUCUUGCGGUGGCCAGGGCGGUCGUCAGAAGCGUUCUUGUAUCGGCGUCAAAGAUCCUCCAACCACACCUCCUCCAUCACCAAAGAUUAUAAUACCGGAAUAUAACAGCAGCACAGACGUGAACUACACGAUGUCAGUGACUGUGACAAGCUGUUUGUAUUGGUCUGAAAAGAAACAGGUCUGGACUAAUGAGGGAUGUUCGAUUGGACCAAAAACAAAGUCCGGUACUCUUCACUGCCUGUGUACUCACCUCUCAGCUUUUGGCGGAGACUUCUUCGUGGCUCCCAAUCCUAUCGAUUUUGACAAAGUCUGGGAAAAUUUUGGAAAACUUGCAGAGACUGGAAACUUUGUUGUCUUAGCCACCGUGUGCUCCAUAUUUGGUGUGUACUUCAUGGGACUUGUUUUUGCCCGAAGGGCAGAUAAGAACGAUGAAAUGAAGGUGGUAGGAAAAGUAUACUUGAGUGACAAUGUUUACUCUAGUGGCUGCGUCUAUAAUUUGUACGUGCGAACAGGAAUGUGGAGAAACCAAGGAACAACAGCUCACGUGGGAAUUGUGCUUUAUGGAGAGGAAGGCUGCAGUGGCCCCAUUUCACUCUCUAAUUCAAAUGCAAGGAAGACAUUGUUUGCCCGCGGCAGCGUGAAUAGCUUUACCCUGGGGCUGCCAAACUCACUGGGCCGGCUGUUCAAGAUACUUAUAUGGCAUGAUAACAGCGGUGAGAAUCCCGCUUGGUUUCUUCAACAAGUAGAAAUAGAAGAUUCCAGCACGGGAGACACGUGGCAUUUUCUAGCGAAUCGGUGGCUUGCGCUUGAGAAGGGAUCUGGGGAGAUCGAGUUUGAAAUCAAUGCAGCGGACAAGAGCGAACUCACGAAAUUCAAAAAUCUGUUUGUGUUUAGGACCGCAAGGAGUCUGGGCGAUGGACAUUUAUGGUUGUCUGUGUUAACCAGGCCUCCGCAUGUCGCGUUUACGCGUUGCCAACGAUUAUCUUGUUGCCUGUCAGUUUUGCUCACUGCCAUGGUAACCAACGCUAUGUUUUACAAUUUCGGCGCCGCACCUAAAGAUUCUUUCCAGUUGGGACCUGUGAAAAUGAGUUGGACCCAAAUCAAGAUUGGAAUCCAAAGUAGCUUGGUUGCGAUUCCAGUUAACGUGUUGGUCGUUAUGAUCUUCAGAAACAUCAAACAGAAGUCUGGGGAGAAGGUAUUCGACAUACGAGCUGAGGAAACGGAAGAAAAGGAGAAAUUGCCAGGGUGUCUACCAAAUUUCUUUGUUUACAUCGGAUGGACAUUGUGUAUUCUAACAUCACUGACUGCAGCAGCCUUUAUCGUGUUCUACAGCAUGAUAUGGGGAAAAGACACAUCUAACCAGUGGCUUACCUCAAUCACGGUGUCGUUCGUCCAAGAUGUCUUCGUUUCCCAGCCAAUAAAAGUAAUUCUGUUGGCUUCCCUGCUAUCAGUCAUACUCAGGAAGCCGCCGGAACGUGAGAAAGUUUUUGGAGUGACUUACCAGAAAGAGAAUCGUGCCAACAAAACGGUGACAGGUCCACCUCAGGGUGAUGAACUGAAGAAAGCUAAGGAUUUCCGAACAAAAGUUCAAGGCAUGUACAAAGUUCUCGCUGAAAUCACUUUUUUCUUGAUUUUUGUCCUACUUUUGAUGAUAGUCUGUUAUGGAAAUCGAAGUCCCGCGCGUUAUUUACUGACCAACUCCACGGAGGAAGCAUUUGUAAAUUUCAAGGGUAAGAACAUUUCAUCAUUUUGGGCGUGGAUGCGUGGUAAACUCUUUCCAGCUCUGUACGACACCAGAUGGUACAAUGGGUGGAUGUUCGAUUACGACGAAGGAUUCAUGGGCAACAGAGAGCUUUUUAUGGUUGGAAUGCCGCGUCUACGGCAAAUAAGAAUUAAGCCUGCAAGCGUCUGUCCAGUGAUAGAGAAAACGCCCCAAUUGGGAGAAUCGUUUACAAGAUACAUUCCUUCUUAUUCAUCGAAAAACGAAUAUAAGACACGGUACAAUCUGCCCGAGUGGAUUCCAGUGACAAACAUGAGCCACAAUCAGUCAGUGUUUGAAUUGGAAUGGAUGUGUCCAAAGCCGUGGAGAUACAGAACCCCGUGGGACUUAGACACGCUAUCCUAUGAAGGAUAUUACAGCACAUACAAUGGCGGUGGGUUCGUAGCUGACUUGGGAUAUAAUAUCAAGUCUGCGUUAAAAGUCGUAAACGAACUUCAGGCAAAUAACUGGAUUGACGAAUUUUCAGUGGCGGUUUUUAUAGAAUUUACUAUCUUCAAUCCCUCUAGUUCGUUAUUCAGUGUGACAAAAUGUCUUUACGAGCGAUCUCCUACAGGAGGAGUGGCUUUUUCGAGAAGCGUAAAAACACUAACGUUGUACCACACGUCGAACAACAACUUUCAAAAGUUUGUGGAAGUCUGCCAACUUCUCUUCAUGGUAAUCAUUGUAUUUUUCGCAAUCGACGAAGCAUACAAGAUAUACAGAAAGAAGAAAAAGUACUUCAGGGGUUUUUGGAACUGGGUCGAGCUGUUACAAAUCCUGACCGCCUUCAGCUCUGUUGUUAUUUACUUCUUAAAAGCUAAAUACACGAGUUCGUUCGUGAAGAAAGUCCGGAACAAUCCUUUCGAGACCUCAAGCGCGGAUUACAUUGUUCUUUGGUCGAUGGUUGAAAUUUAUGUGCUAUCAUUUCUCAUUUUUAUCGUAACUAUGAAGUUCCUUCGACUAAUUCGCUUCAAUCGCCACGUGUGCCAAAUGAUGGGAACUCUGGCUAGGGCGGCGCGCCCGCUCGUGUCGUACUCCGUGGUGUUUGUAUCAGCAGUGCUGGCCUACACUCUGCUAGCAUUUCUUCUACUCUCAUCAACGAUGAGACCAUACUCAUCGUUUUUCAACUCUCUGCGUGCCGUACUGCAAAUGCUUUUGGGAGGAAAAAUAUUCUUUUACGAGAUCAAAUCGGUGAAUAGCUUGCUAGGGCCGUUGUUUGUGUUUCUUUACAUGUUUACGAUGAUGUUCAUUCUUUUAAACAUGUUUCUCGCCAUCUUGAACGAGUCCUACUGGGAAGUUGUCGAUAGCCCCGAAAAUGACUUUAACAAUGCGGAUUUGGGACACUUUAUGAUCGUUUACCUGAGAAGAAAUGCAAGGCUGCUGGGAAGACGAUUCGUAAAGUCCCUGAAAAAGUGCUUUCAAGGGAGAAUGUUCCCACGGAAACGCGGAAACAAGGAACUUGAGAAGUUGAUCUCUAACGAAAUCGAAAGAAAGGAUAGCACUAAGAAACUCUGUCCCAUUGCUUCGAUGGAGUCACUUGCAGAUGAAGAAGACGAAGACCCGCUGAAAAAUACUGAGGAAUGCGAUGACCAUGUAUAUCUAGAUUCAGGAAACAUUACUGUAUCCCUCCUCUCAAUAGACGAGUCGUACGAGUCAGAGGAAGACGAGUAUCUCGAGAGGCUCCUGCAACAUGUUAAGAGCGCGGCGCACAGCCCGGAAUUUCGUCAGAAUGUCCCACCUUUGCGUCCAAUAGUAGAGACUAGAGUAUGACAUACAUAAGGGAAAACGUGAAGUAAUGCAUGUCCGGGCAGGACGACCCAUUAAAAAGGGGAGGUGUGCUCGUCGGGUCAUUUAAAUUCGGUAGCACUUAGGAUGCUACAGCACGGAACUCCAGUGUUUUUACUGUCAAAGUAUCUCAAUGCUCUGGCAGGAAAUCUUUAAAACUGCUCCAUAGAACAAAGCACUCUAUGACCAAGUUUUUAAUCGGCAUUGACGUCGCUGUAGCUGUUUUUUGUGUUUCUGUUUAUAAUCGUAUAAAUCUUCUGACUAGCAUCUCCUCCCCUUUAACAUGGAAGGUUAAGGUAGCCGUAAUUUUUCAAUAGUAGCUGACAAUUACUUUGGUAAACCACAUGACAGUUGUAGUACACAUAUUUGCGUGGCUUUUAUACCUACAUUUAAUUGCACCUUUGUGAUACGCUUCUACCAGAUAUCAGACGCGUUUGGUCGAACUCCGAUAAGCCAAAAUACCCAUCGUGAGACGAAACAAGCCUGAUACACUGUCGAGUCGAUCGUAUUUAGAUGGCGCAAUCAAAUAUUUUCCCUACACAGAUUCGGUCAAAAAUGUAGCGAUUUCAGGUCAGUGACGUGAUAUCACAGGAAAUUAUGAUUGUAAGCAAGACCUCUGAUUGGAUAUUCCAAACCCUUUUGUGAUUUUUCACAAGAUGGCACUUUGACAUUUUUCUACAUUAUCAGUUUUCAAUUUUUAUUUUGUUUUGAAUUUUUAUAUCCAUGUGAGUGUCAUGCUUCACCGAGAAGAACAAUUUAUUUCGUUUUGCUCAUCCUAAACAUUUAUUCCAAGCCCUUCUUGCAUUCUUCCACCAUUUUCUAUUUACUUUGUGAAGUUUGCACAAGGCUGGCCUUGUUGUGGAAUUUGUAAUGUAGUAAGCUCACUUUAACAUUACCUAAGUAAGGUUAUGAAGCAAUCUGUAACUGCUAUCUCUACCUAACCCUGACACCAACACGUUUUGAGUUUAUUUUUGACCGGGUAAAGCUGUUUUCUUUUUUAUGAAUGUGGUGUACCGUAUACUAAAGAUGAUUUACAGUCCGUACUGCGCAGUCUCAGCACCCUAAUGUUUAUAAACAUUAUAAGAUCUCACUCGA